AAUACGCGUCUAGUACAGUCGCUCCUGAAACUUCACGCGCGAAACUCGUUGCGGGUUACAAAUAAAAUAAUAACUAAUUACAAAAUAUUAUAAGAAAAUAAUUAAAAAUAUAUGUAAUACAGUCGUUAUGUAUAUAAGAUAUAUAGGGUAAUACAAAUUUUAAUUAGAAGUGUUGUUUAAGCCAAGAAAAACAUAAUAAAUUCAGUGUAAAACGAGAUAAUAUGUGGUAUAAAAUAACGUGAAAUGGUGUAGUUAAUCAAAUGUACUGAAAUAAUUUGAUUACCGGCAAGGUUAAAAAACAGUAAAUGCGCAAUGUCAACUUUGGAAGCAGGAGCAAGCGUGAUAAUCGUUUUACAAACAAACGGCAAGGCGGCUGUCUUGCUAUGUGCUACUUGUAUGCCUAGUCGUUAGUAAAUCGAGACUGGGCAUCGUCGGAGAGAGAACAAAGAAAUUUUAAUAAUCUUCAACACAUAUCACCAAUAACCUAUCAAAAUGGACACCAGCGCAACAAGUUCCACACAAGAUGAUGACUCAGACUGGCCGACAAAUGCAACAAUAUAUGAAUAUUUGGGACACAAUGUCACAAAUGAUACCUAUGACAGACUGUACGACGUUCCGACAGGCUUGAUCGUAUUGCUGUCAUGCUUAUAUGGAUCGAUCUCAGUGUUGGCAGUUGUUGGGAAUUUUCUCGUGAUGUGGAUAGUUGGGACAUCACGCCGGAUGCAAAGUGUCACCAAUUGCUAUAUAGCUAAUUUGGCCUUAGCAGAUAUUGUCAUAGGAUUAUUCGCUGUACCAUUCCAAUUUCAAGCUGCGUUACUCCAGAGAUGGCUGCUUCCACAUUUCAUGUGCGCAUUCUGUCCUUUCGUACAAGCACUUAGUGUAAACGUCAGCGUGUUUACUCUGACUGCAAUUGCCGUCGAUCGACAUCGGGCUAUAAUUACUCCGUUAAGCGCUCUCACGUCCAAACGUGUUGCCAAGGUGAUCAUAGUGUUAAUAUGGGUGCUGGCUUUAUUGCUGGCUGCGCCAAUGGCUAUGUCAUGGGAAGUCAUCAUGGUAGAAGAACAAGAACCAGUUUCCAAGCUGUUCUAUGAGAAACCGUUUUGUGAGCCAACGGAAUUUGGAUCUCAUUCUUUAGCUAUAUACAGGCUAUUAUUGUAUAUUUUUCAAUAUAUCAUUCCUCUAUUCGUGAUAACAUUCGCGUAUGCACACAUGGCGAUGAAGUUAUGGGGUGCGCGUGCGCCUGGCAACGCGCAAGAGAUUCGUGAUGCAAAUCAAAUGAAGAACAAGAAAAAGGUUAUAAAGAUGCUAGUUUUAGUGGUAGCACUAUUCGCACUCUGCUGGCUUCCUCUACAGAGCUAUAUGCUGCUUCAGUCAUUUUUUCCUUCAAUAAAUGAGUACAGAUAUAUAAAUGUGAUUUUCUUCUGCUUCGAUUGGCUCGCAAUGAGUAACUCCUGUUAUAAUCCAUUCAUUUACGCCAUCUAUAACGAAAAGUUUAAAAAGGAAUUCAAACAAAGAUUUACAUUUAAACAGAAACGUAAUAGAUUCACAAAUGACAGUUAUGAGGAUGGACAAUCAUAUAGAACUCGCAUUUUGUCAAUCAGAUCGUCAAACGAAAGAAGUAUUUACUCAACAAGAAAAUCAAUAAAUAUAACACCAGUGGACUCUCUAAAGGCCGCAAAAAAUCCAUGUCAAUGCGUAAAAGAUCAAACACGAGAUCAACCGAAAGAAAAUCCAUGUAGGGCAAUAAAAUCAGAAGAGUUUACGAAGAUUAAAAAUGGAAGCCAACACGACCACCGCGUUAAAGAAAUGUCUAGAAGAUCUCGAUUUGGCGACAAUGCUUCACCGAUCGGGGACGAAAGAGUCAGUGAAUUGUAUAUAUUUCCAAAUAGUAGUAUAGUAGAAUUCACGGAUGUGCUAUGUGAUAAUAAAGUGUAAAUAUUAAAAUUAAUUAUCUUAACUAAGUAUUUAUUGAAAUGUUAAACAUAUGUUUCGAUGUAAUGAAGUAUGUUGUUUUAUUAUAGUACAUACUUCCGAUAAAUGUUUUAUUUAUUACUGGCAAUUGAAUUUAGAAAAUAUUAAUAACUUAAAAAUUAA